CUCAUUUUCUGGGUUGAUCAAACAACCCACUAAACAAAGAAAAUAUGGAAGCUGCAAUGGGGUUGAUGCGAAGGAUUCAUCCUAAGCACACUGAUACCGCUCUCUCUGCUCUUCUUUCUCUCAUGCCUGAGCAUUCCUCUGAUCUCCUCUCUCAAGUCGAUCAACCUCUCCAGGAUGCCAGAUUAAGUAGAUUAUUUUCUGGUUUGCGGAAGCAGGUUUUAUGUGAUCAAGAAAGUGGAAAGGAGUUCAUAUUGUGUGAAUAUAACAGAGAUGCUGAUUCCUACAGGUCGCCAUGGACAAAUAAGUACCAGCCACCAUUGGAGGAUGGCCUUUAUCCUUCUGUAGAGCUGAGGAACCUCGAAAUUGAAGCCAAUGAUGUUUUUACUGUAUAUUGUGACCAGUAUUAUGAAGGUGGAAUUUCAUCUGUUUAUAUGUGGGAAGAUGAUAAUGAAGGAUUUGUCGCAUGCUUCUUGAUAAAGAAAGAUGGUUCAAAGUCUGGUCAUGGGCGAAGAGGUUAUUUGCAUGAAGGACAGUGGGAUGCCAUCCAUGUUAUUGAGGUGGGACCUGAGGAUGAAGGAACUGCAAGGUACUGUUUAACCAGUACUGUCAUGCUAUCUUUGACUACAAAUAGUGACUCCUGCGGGACAUUCAGCUUAUCUGGAUCUAUUAGAAGACAGAUGAGUGUGCAACUGUCAGUGACCGAAGGUCAUCUUUGUAACAUGGGAAAAAUGAUUGAAGAAUUGGAAGGCAAGCUUCGAAACUCCCUGGAUCAGGUUUACUUUGGGAAGACAAGAGAGAUGGUUUGCACUUUGCGGCCACCUGCUGAAUUGGCAACGAUGAAACUGCCUGAUAGCUGAUUUGUAUGUCUUUGAAUCAUGAUCUAAAAGUAUUAUAUUGUGGAUUAUUAGUGUAUUAUCGUCAUUUAUUUGAAUCUCUGGUUAUGUGUUCCAGAAUUUGGUUGAAUUGGAAUUCAAUAUCCUCUUGUAGACUUUACCAUUUUGUUGGCUCUCGCUUAAUUUUUGAAAUUGUUUUUGGUUCUAUGAUAUUACUUGUGGAGCUUCAGCUUGCAAUUUGUAUUACUGUUUUUUUUUUUAUAUAUAUAUAAAAAAAUAUUUUAUUUGUGUGCAA